AAAAGAUCACCAAGCUCCCAAACCUCAAAACAAUUAAUGGGCACUCUAGUUAACGCGGAACGCGCAGGCGCAGAGAGGGUCUACGGCGCGGAGGCAUGCUAUCGACACUCAAUAGAACUCCUAACCGAGCUCGGUUUCCCAAAGGGUGUCCUCCCUUUGAAAGACCUAGAAGAAUGCGGUCGAGUUCGCGAAACUGGGUUCGUGUGGAUGAAGCUGAAGGCCCCGUUCGAGCACUACUUCAAGGGGACAAACACAUGCGUGAGCUAUGCCGCUGAAGUGACUGCUUAUGUCAAGAAGGGGAAGAUGAAGAAGAUGACCGGGAUUAAGACCAAGCAGAUGAUGCUGUGGGUGCCUAUUACUGAGAUGAGUAGUGUUGGUGGUGGGAAUAAGAUUUACUUCAAGAGUGCUGUGGGGAUAGGGAGGGGAUUCCCUGCGGCAGCGUUUGCGGAUGAGGAAGAGGAGAAAGGAGGAGCGUUGAAGAUCAACUAGACAGAGAUCAUUAAGUUGUUCAAGUUCGUUGCUUGUGUUCUGUGAUUGUCAAUGUUUUUCUGAUGAGAUUCAUGAAUGAUUCGUCCGUACCCUUUGUUAUCUUGAAUAAAAAGAGAUGCUGUCAAAGUACUAUCAAUUAAUCAUAUGACCAAUCGUUUUCA